CACAAAGCGCGCCAUCCGCCGACCAGAUGGCAACAAAGUGCUCCAGCUUAGCCGCCUUGAGCUGUGCGGUGAGAAGCCAUGCGGUCCCCCAGCAUGAAGCCCGCGUCCGUCACUGGCGGCGCCGCUGCCUGGGGCGCAACGCAGGCCCACAGCUGCUGCAGCCACGUCCUCGCCUGCGCAUAAGCUGGACACUCCAGGAAGAUGUGCGUCAGGCUGGCCCACGCCCGCGGGCCAGUGGGAUUUCGGGUGGAGUGGUGUGGUCCGCCUCUGGUGUGCACUGCUCUGCUCCACCUUCCUGCCGGGGACGGGCUCCUGGGCUUCACUGUCUGGGACUCGGAGUCGGCGUCAGCAGCCGGCGCGCAGGAGCCCAUCACGCACUUGAAGGUGCCGGGGCAACUGGCGCCUGUGGCGCUCACGGGGCCGGGCACGCGCAACACUGUCUCCGCAGCCGCCGCAGCCAUGUACAGCAGCACCAGCCCCACCGGCCUGUUCCGCGUGCAGCCGGUCUGUACGGCGUCGCAGCAACAGCUUCUGGCGGCCAUUGACCGCAAGGUUCCGGCGGAUCUGCAGGCCGCCGCAGAGGGGUCCGGUGACGGCGCCCUCAGUGAUGCCGAGCUGAUGGCAGCGCUGGCUGGCUCCGCCAAUGGUAAAGCGCCUGGGUCGGACGGGGUCCCGUACGAGGUGUACAAGGUUUUCUGGGCGCUGCUGGGUCCGCGCUUGUGUGCUGCUGCUGCCGCUGCCUUUGCUGCCGCUGCAGACGCCCACGAUGGCGGUGAAAUGGCGGCGGCACUGCCCGCCUCCUGGCGGGAGGGCAUCAUCACGCUCAUCUACAAGGGCAAAAGCCUGGACCGCGCCGAGCUGGCGUCGUACCAGCCCAUCACGCUGCUCAACUGCGACUUCAAGAUGGUGUCCAAGGCCGUCAGCGCCCGCCUGCAGCCCGCCCUGGAUGCAGUUGUGGAUGAGCUGCAGACCGCGUUCAUCACCGGGCGCUGGAUUGGAGACAACGCGCUGUACCUCCAAGGCCUGAUCGAAUGGAUGCGCCUGGACGUGGGCGCGGACGGCACGCCACGGCAGGGUGGUGCGCUGUACUUCUUGGACAUUGAAACGUAUGACCGGGUGCACCGGCAGUGGCUGUAUGCGUCCGCAGAGGGACUGGGGUUUGGGCCGCGCAUGCUGCGCUGGAUCCGCCUGCUCACUGCCAACGGCUCUGCCCACGUGUGUGUGAACGGGAUGCUCUCUGACGCCUUCCCAGUGCUGAACGGCUUGCCGCAGGGCAGCACCGCCUCACCACCCCUGUGGGUCAUCCAGAUGCAGCCACUGACGUCCUUUCUGCGGCGGCAGGUGGAGCAAGGGGCACUGCGCACGCCCCUGUCACCCAGCGGCGAGCAGGCGCCACCUGCUGCCCACCACGCUGAUGACACGACCCUCACGGCGCGCGACCCGGCGGUGGACGGGCCGGUCCUGAUGGCGGCAGUACAGCUGUUCUGCCGCGCGUCCAACGCCCGUGUCCAUCCGGACAAGAGCAAGGCCAUGGGCCUUGGCAGGUUUGCGCACCUGACGGGCCCUUGCCCACACACGGGGGUGCCGUUUACCACUGGCGCCGUGACGCACCUGGGGGUGCCUCUGUCGUGGGACUCUGAUGCGGCUGCAGCUGAUCUGUUCACCCGGCGGGCUCGCGGCAUGGCGUUUGUGGCGCGUCUGUGGGCUGCCCUGUCUCUGACCCUGGUUGGCCGUGUGCACAUUGCGAAGCAGGUGCUGGCGGCGAAGCUGGCCUACCACUUCAGCUUCCUCAACCCGUCGCCUGCGCAGCUGAAGGAACUCACCGACCUGGUGGACCACUUUGCUGCGCGCUCCGUGCACGCUGAGGAUGCCAGCCUGGUGUCGCACGGGAACCCGCUCCUGCUGCCAAAGCGGGAAACGACCUGUCUGCCGUACAAGGAUGGGGGUGUCAACCACGUCGACCUGCCUGCGUUCCUGUCUGCCCUGCAAGCUAAGACUUUCGCCCUCCUUGCCCAGCCAGGCCGGCAACCCUGGAAGACGCUCACCCGGGCGCUGCUUACCCAUCACCGCAAGCCGCGGCACCUGUGGACCUUUGAAGAGCGGGCGGCGUACGAUGCAGCAUCACCAGGGGAACGGGCGGGGGCGUGGCCUCGGGCGCCGUACUUCCUGGCGCCGGAGGCUGGGGUGGUGGUGCACCCGGAGCACUGCCGGAUUGCGGGUGUCAGCUUGGCGGACUACACGGUGCGGGACGUGCGGCGGGCCAUCACCGCGGCCAACCCGGCCGCACCUCUGGCUCCGGCCCGCCCCGCAGCCAUGCCGUGCCCGGCGCCAGCGCAGCAGGCGGGGGGUCCGGGGACCCAGCCGGCGGCACAGUCGCGGCUGGCGGAGCGGGAGGCGGAGUGGCAGCGUGCAGCGGCGCGGCUGACCACCACGGCGGCGCAGCACUUCCACAAUAACCCGGUGGCUCUGGACCCCUGGCUCCACCGCACCUCCGCGGCAGCCGGGCAGCAGAACACGCCGGCGAGAGAGCUGCAGUCGUAUGCGUCCCCGUCCCAGCAGUCGGGUGAGGGGCCGCGGCGUUCCGCGCGGCUGCAGGAGCAGGCGGCGGGCGGGGCGGGGCCUAGCACGGGGCCUGCCACGGCGGCGGCGGCAGCAGCGGUGGCGGUGGCGGGCGACCCUCGCACGCCGCCCCCGGAUGCGUCCCUUCUGCGGGGCAAGGACGUGGCUACAGCAGCUGUGGGCCUGCGUUUCACUGCCGCCACGCUAACCCCUGAAACCCUGUCGGCUCUGCCCACACAGCUUCUCACCGCACAGCUCAAGGCGGCUAAGCUGGCGCACUUUGUUGCCAUCUGGACGGCGGGUGGCGCGCUUUGUGAAGUGGAGGAGGUUCAGGCCAUGCCGUGCCCGGCGCCAGCACAGCAGGCGGGGGGUUCGGGGACCCAGCCGGCGGCACAGUCGCGGCUGGCGGAGCGGGAGGCAGAGUGGCAGCGUGCAGCGGCGCAGCUGACCACCACGGCGGCGCAGCACUUCCACAAUAACCCGGUGGCUCUGGACCCCUGGCUCCACCGCACCUCCGCGGCAGCCGGGCAGCAGAACACGCCGGCGAGAGAACUGCAGUCGUAUGCGUCCCCGUCCCAGCAGUCGGCUUCUCACCGCACAGCUCAAGGCGGCUAAGCUGGAGCACUUUGUGGCCAUCUGGACGGCGGGUGGCGCGCUUUGUGAAGUGGAGGAGGUUCAGGGUGGGUCACCGAAGUUGAACUUGCGGCUGACGCUUGCAUCACCUGUGCAGGCCCCCUAGAUUUCCUUUUGGGCGGCGUUUCUUUCCAGGCGCUGGCGUGGCGUAUUAUCAUCAUCAGCUU